GUCAGAGCAACGUCAGAACAGCCAACCACCCACCAAGGAGGCCGUUCCACCAAGAUAUGGAUCCAUCCCUCCCAGCAUCCCAAUCCACCAGCCAAGAGUUGGGCCCCACAGGUUUAGAUUUCAACUCUGCUGGACAAGAUUAUUUCUCCGCUGGCUACAUAUACGACUCUCUCUACCAAGAACUGGACCUGAACUCUCUUCAUGAAGAUCUUUCCCAGUCCGUGCCAGGCACCGUGACAGAGGCCUCAGCAGACACACAUGAAUCUCACCCUGCUGCCAAACCAGAGGAUCUCACAGAGGCUGAACAAAAGGAGCUCAAAUCCGAGCUCACUAAAUUGGAGGAGGAAAUUUUUACCCUACGCCACGCUCUGGCCACCAAAGAAAGAUGUUGCAUGGAGCUCAAGAGGAAGCUGGGCCUCAUAGCCUUGGUGGGGCUAAGGCAGAAUCUGUCCAAGAGCUGGCAUGAUGUUCAAGUCUCCAACGUUUACAUGAAACAAAAGACGUCAGCUGCCCUGUCCACCAUGGGCUCUACCAUUUGCAGGAAGCUUGGAGACAUGAAGAAGUCCGCCACAUUCAGAUCUUUCGAAGGUCUGAUGGGGGCAAUCAAGUCCAGAGUUUCGGGGGGCAGAGAGCUUGGCAGUGACAGCCUUCCUUCUUCAUCUGGGAGUGGAGAUGAUCCGCCCCCAUCUUCAAGGAGUAGGGAUGACCCGCUCCCACUUUCCAGGAGUGGGAAUGAUCUAGCUUAG